AUGGCCAAUGGUGAAAAGGAAGGUGGAGGGACAGGCGAAGGAGCGAAUGUGAAGGCAGCUCUGGAGUUGGAAAUGACGUUUGCAGGACCUUCGGAUACCCGACAGAUCAACCUGAUUACUGGAACAUAUGUUCCUGAGAAGACCAGUAACCCUAUGGAUGAUAGACGGUUGCUGCAUUGA